UAGGGUUUCUGCACUGUACCUUCUCACCACCGACCGGCGGCGGCGGGAUGGCCGGCGCCACGGCCGACGAGCGCGAGAUCCUGGUGGACCUGGCCGUCCGCCAGUCUCCUCCGCUGCUGCAUCGCCCCCAGGAAAUGGCAUCGCUGCCGAUCCCCCAAGAGCUCCUGCCGGACAUCUUCCUUCGCCUCCCCGACCCGGCCGACCUCGCCCGCGCCUCCGCCGCCUGCGUCUCCUUCCGCCGCCACAUCACCGACCGCUCCUUCCUCCGGCAGUACCGCAAGCUCCAUGCCCCGCCCCUCCUCGGCUUCGUCGAAAUAAAGGGAGAAUUCCACCGCGCCAGCCCGCCUUACCCCUCCGCGUCGGCAGCCAGCGCCGUCGCCCUCGCCGCUGACUUCUCCUUCUCCUUCCUCCCUGCCCCCGCCUGCCAGUGGUUCAUCCUGGACAUCCGCGACAGCCGCGUCCUCCUCUACAGGACCUGCUUGCCGGGCACCGCCUUCCUGCUCAAGGAGAUGCUGGUGUGCGACCCCUUGCACCGGCAAUAUCUUCGGCUUCCCCCAAUCCCCGACGAAUUAUCCACUUCAGUGGAGAAAUGGCACACGUUCCUCGUCCAUCAGAGUGAUCUGGAGGCUGCGGAAGAGACAGCCUUCAGAGUGAUCUGGAUGGCAUGUCUCGGAGAUAAACUGGCAGCCUUUGUCUUCUCUUCCACCACCGGACAAUGGCAAGCUGGUCCAUCACAUAGUGGCUGGAUCGAAUCAUCUGGCGCCCUCUCUCGUUCCCAAUACGCGAAUGGAUGCUUCUAUUGGGUGACAGAUUGCAGAGAAAAGUUGUUAGUACUUGAUACUAGAAGGAUGGAGUUCUCCACCAUCGAUGCCCCACCCGAAACCAAACUUGAUGAUGUGAAUGUAGCCAUUGUGGAGGCAGGGGAAGGCAGGCUUGGGAUGUUUGUUCUACCCUGUGGAUCUGACCUCAGUUAUAUCAUUAGGCGAAACAAUGUUGGGAGCUCCGGCCAGUGGCAGUUGGAGAAGACAAUCUCCUUAGGUUAUGAUACUUAUUGGUACUGUUUCGUUGGCUCAAUGCGGGGACACUUGUUCCUAGAGCAUAUGGGAGACUUCUUCUUGUUGGACGUCAAGACAUUCAAGCUUGAGACGGUGUCUGCUUCAGAUCAUACGUUUCUUUGGCCGCGUGCAUAUAGCAACUUUCCACCAUCAUUGUUGUCGUCACCGACAGUAGCAAGUGGAUGGCAGAGGACACACAUAGUAUGUUGAGUGCUGCUAGUGGGAUCACUUAGUAUUUUUGUCCUUCGGUGACCGAGAGCUCCUUUCUAUGGAGAUCUUGACUGCUUGAACUGAAGAAGGGAAAAGGGAAGCUAUUUAACACUGGCCAAUUGAGGAGCAAUGGGAAGGGCGAGGCGGCGAACAGAACUUUACCUCUCUCUAAUCCGGGAAAUUUGAUUGGGAACGAAUAAAGGAUCUUACACACUAUGAGUAGCAUUCUUCUGACCCUGUGGAAUUUUUAGAGAUAUCAGAUCACAUUUUUUGUUUUAGUGCACAAACUAAGGAGAGUUGCACGUUUUAACCAGGACAUUACUACCACUUUACCUUUGGAUUGUUUCGCCCUAGAAUUUUUUAUUUUAGUCAACAUGACUUCUCGGCUCUAGUUUUUUGAUAGAUAUAAGGAGGCAAAAAAACAGCAGUUGGUAAUUGUUACACCUAUAAAUUCAUCUCGUGAUGUUGGUUUGGAAAAAAUCUGCAUAACUGACAUGGCUGUAAACUUGCAAUAUUGCAUCUCCUAUAUAUGAUAUGUCAGCAAGAUUGAAGUGGUGAGCUUGAUUAAUUUUUUAGGGAUUAUUUCACAACAAACUUGCUCCAGUGAAUUGCCAUUCAUGUAGCAUGAAUAGCUUGCCAGCUCAAGAUAAAUUAGAGGCUGAGCACCCAUGUUUUGUAGACAGUUUGUAUUUUUCGUCUGCCUCCAUCUCACGUGCCAGAUGCAAUCAAUCAUGUUAUUAUUAUGGUUGAGGGACGCACACUAUUAUAGUUGUUUGUUGCUACUGUCACCCCUGAGUUUUUUUCCACUUCAGUUUAGAAAUUUGUUUUUUUGUAUCCGGUAAUUCGUGAAGUCCUAGGACAUGAAGCUACCAAAGUUUUACAGCAUUAAGUUCUUUCAAGGAUUCACUUAUCUGUGCGUACAUGCCAUUUUCCAUGUAUGUGCUUUGAUUUAAGCCCUAAUAUAUCUCAGAAUUUCUUGUCGUACUAUUCCUGUAAGCAAUGUGCUGAUUUUUGCCUGAUACUAUUUCAUGCUGUACUUUUUCCUGUUUGUUCACAAGCUCUAGUAUAUGUGCAAUUUGAAUAGACUUAAUUUUGAGACAUU